UGAAGGCUGCAUCAAUAAAAAAAAUAAAAAUUAGACUAAUAAUCUCUGUUUUAAAAAUUAAACCGAUAGUAUUUGAAUUAUUUUUUAGGCAAUAAAAGCAUCGAAAUAUUACAUUUGUAACUUGAGUACUCAAAUUAUUUUUAGUGACAAAUAAUCUAAAUAAAAAAAUGAGUUAAUUGAAGAAAAAUAAGAAAGUUAUCUAAAGUUGUAAGAAUCCAAAAGAAAGCCAACAAGAUAUAUUCUUGACAAAUAUAUACAUGAUAAUUUGUGCAGAGGUUUUUAGACAAAGUAAGGACACUUUUCUUAUCUAAUCACCACUAUACUAAAAUCUAACAACAUACUUCUCAUUUUUAUCAACUACUACCUUUUUUUUUAUCAUUAUUUCUCUCAUUAGAAUUAGAUAAGAAAGAUCCUCCUCAAGCUUAUUAGUUCAUAACACUAGAGCUAAAAAUAAGCUAUGAUGAAUGAACCUCUUAUUCAACAUGAUCAACAAGCUUCAACUUCUUCUAUUAAUGGUUCUUUCCCUUCUUAUCUUAUCACAUACCUAUAUGUUGCCCACUUUUUGGCCAGAUGGGGCGCUAGGAUGUGGGAAUUCUCAGUUGGGUUGUACAUGAUUAAGAUUUGGCCAAAUUCUUUACUAUUUGCUGCUAUUUAUGGUGUAUUGGAAUCUGCCUCAACUGCACUAUUUGGCCCCAUUGUUGGAAAUUGGGUUAAUAGUUUGACCUAUGUAAAGGUUCUUCAACUUUGGUUGGUGUCACAAAAUCUGUGUUUCAUAGUUGCUGGAGGCACUAUGGUAGUGUUAUUGGUUAACUCAUCAGCCUUGAAGCUCACACACUUUAGUGUUUUCAUUCUACUUGUAAUUUUGACAAAUAUCUCUGGAGCUGUUGCUGUUCUUUCCACUCUUGCUGGUACAAUCCUAAUCGAAAGAGAAUGGGUGGUAGUAAUAUCAGAAGACAAAUCAUCAUCACCACAACAAGAUGAUCUGACAAAGAUGAACUCGGUGAUUCGGCGAAUCGAUCUGAGUUGCAAGCUAUUUGCACCUGUAAUUACUGGCUUCAUAAUAAGUUUUGUGUCACUAAAAGCUUCAGCAAUGAGUUUGGCUAUUUGGAAUACAAUAUCAGUUUGGUUAGAAUAUUGGCUUUUCAUAUCUGUCUACAAAGGCAUUCCAGCUUUACAAGAAAGUAACCAUAAAAGAGCCUUAAAUCAAAACAGAAUUAAUACCAAAUUGGUUUCAAGUGGUUCUUAUUUGAAAGCAUGGAGAGUUUAUUUGAAACAGGACACUGUUCUACCUGGAAUAGCUCUGGCUUUGUUGUUCUUCACUGUCUUAAGUUUUGGAACAUUAAUGACAGCAGCCUUAGAGUGGGAAGGAAUUGCAGCAUUUGAGAUUGGAAUAGGGCGUGGAGUAAGUGCUGUGAUUGGAAUUGGUGCAACAAUUGUGUACCCAUUCUUGCAAUCUCAUAUUUCAACACUUAGAACAGCUCUUUGGUCUAUUUGGUCUCAGUGGAUAUGCCUACUAGUUUGUGUUGGUUCAAUAUUAUGGACUAAAUAUGGAAACAACGAUAGUAAUAACAUAUCAUCAUGGUAUAUGCUAAUGGGAGGAGUAGCUCUUUCACGACUUGGAUUAUGGUCUUUUGACUUAUCAGUCAUCCAAUUAAUGCAGGAUGGUGUAGCUGAAAGGGAUCGUUGUGUGGUGGGAGGAGUUCAGAAUUCUCUUCAAUCAAUUAUGGAUUUAAUGGGUUAUGUAAUGGGAAUACUCAUCUCCAAUCCACAGGAUUUCUGGAAAUUGACAUUGAUAUCCUUUGUUGUGGCAACAUUAGCUGCAUUACUUUACACUUUUCACCUUUACAAAAUCAGAAAUCACCUCUUUCACUUCAACAAGCUUUUUUUCUUUGUGAAAUGGUUCACAUAUUCAUCUCAAAUAAAUAAUGCACAACUUCAAUGAUAUUUGUAACACUUAAU